CCGUCCCGCCCGCGGCCCACGCCGGUCCCUGCGCCGAAGGCCGCCGCCAUGCCUCGCGGUCGGAAGAGUAAGCUUCGCGCGCGCGAGAGGCGCCAACGCGCCCGCGCCGAGGCCCGAGCCCGGGACGCCCAGGCUGCCGAGGGGGCGGCCGCGGGCGCCGUGUCCGUGUUGGGGAACGCGCCCCCGGGACCCCCGAGCGGCGCGGCGGCGGCGAGAGCCCGAGGCCCGGCCCCGAAGAGCAAGACGUACCCGUGGGCGGCGGCGGCCGAGGGCGCGGGCCCCGACCUGCUGGCGCAGAAGGCGGCGCUGCUGGUGGAGUUCCUGCUGUACCAGUACAAGACGAAGGAGCCCAUCCGCCGCGGCGACAUGCUGCGCGUGGUGCACAAGCGCUACCGCAAGGACUUCCCCGACAUCCUGGCGCGCGCGCAGGAGCGCCUGCAGCUGCUGUUCGGCCUGGAGCUGCAGGAGGCCAAGCCGCACGGCAGCGCCUACCUCCUGGUGGACCCGCGUGGCGGCGGCGGCGGCGCGGGCGGCGCGGGCCCGGGCCCGGGCGGCGCGGGCGGCGGGCGCUUCCCGCGCAGGGGCAUCCUCAUGCCGCUGCUGAGCGUCAUCUUCCUGAACGGCAACUGCGCGUCCGAGGAGGAGAUCUGGGCCUUCCUGGGCACCAUGGGCGUCUACGACGGCAAGAGCGACUUCGUGUUCGGGGAGCCGCGCCAGCUCAUCACGCGGGACCUGGUGCAGGAGCGCUACCUGGUGUACCGGCAGGUGCCGCUCAGCGAGCCCCCGCGCUUCGAGUUCCUGUGGGGCCCGCGCGCGCAGGCCGAGACGAGCAAGAUGAAGGUGCUGGAGUUCCUGGCGCGGCUCAACGACACGGUGCCCGCCGCCUUCGUGCCGCACUACGAGGAGGCCCUGCGCGAGGAGGAGGAGCGCAUCCACCGCCCGCUCCGGGCGCCCCGCGCCCCCCGGGCCGCGCUCCCGGCCGCCAAGCGCCAGGGGGCCGCCCCCUGCCGGUACCCGCACCCCGAGUGA